AUGAGCAUAGAACGCAGAUCGUGCGUGAGCUCGGCUCCGCACGUUACCAAGCGGUUAUUCGCUGUAAUCGUGUUGAUGACCGGCAUUUUAUGCAUGUUUGGAGGAUAUUUGCUGGGUCGUAUGGCGCGCACCAUUGAGCCUAAAAAAAGCAGCGACAUACUGACAUGGAACUUGACCACCAUAGCAGAAACAUUAUACAAAAAAGCAAAAAGGAUUACACCCAAAGUGAUCCACCACAACAAUUCAGAAAAAAUACAGUCUAGACUCACAGAUAUAUUUAACUGCACCCAAAUUUGUGGGACAGUUAAUAAAUAUAACCUAGGGGAAUACGUCAAGAAUUCCAUUAAUUACCACGUAACAAAACUAAUGAAAUCCGUUUAUAACGCGUCCCUGUAUUUGGAUAGUCUUAGCUGA